AGAGUGAAGGCCUGUGCACUGGAUGACAUCGGGCAGCGAGUGGCUAUAGACUGAGACGACCCUGUACAAGGCAGAUCAACAGGAAAUACCGGCCGAUCAGCCAAGCAGUUCAGAAGAAGGAGUCAAAUAGCAUGUCGUUCUUUGGCUUCGACACGACGGGCCCACCGGGUGGCCGCUCAGGAGCGCAAUUCGCCUCGCAGGACGCCUUUGGUGCCCUUGGUGGCCACGAGGAAGAGGAGGAAGCUUACAACUUCGACGAGACGUAUGAUGGCCUAGGCGAUGAGCUCGACGAGGCGGGCGAUGUAUUCAACGCGGAUACCUUCGGUGGCAGCGCCGGCGACAUCGGGAAGGACUUCGAUUUCUCUGGACAAACUGCUGACGUCGCCGACGCCAUCGACGACGAGCAGGUCACCUUUUCGCGUCGUCAACCUGCUCAAGCUCCGCUUCAACAGAUCUCUCGCGAAGCUCAGGCGCCGCUCGCCGGCUCUGUCCCUGAUCUGAGACCCACAGCGUCGGUUUGGGAAGCGCAAUUCCCUAGCCGUCCGCGUCAGGCUCAGGUCCCGAGGACGAUUGCUCCUUCGGUUGAUCUUUGGGGUGAUGCUGUUAAGCCCUCUGCGGGGACGCCCGCGAAGAAGUUCAUGAGUCUCGAGGAAGUCGAAGCUCAGAUCCUCUUGGGAGGUGGUGCUCAGCCGAGCCCUGCUCCUGCGCCUGGACUGAUGCUCCAUCAGCAGCAGCAGCAGCAACAGUUCAUGCAGCACCAUGAGCCUCAGCCGCAGUUCCGUGGAUUCCCCAUGGGACCUCCCCCACCUGGUAUGUUGCCUCCCGGUAUGUCUCCCAUGAGACCUCCUCAGCAGAUGCAGCCGCCUGUUCAUCAACAUCAGCAGCCUCCUCAGCAGCCUCCUCAGCAGCCUCAGCAGAUCCAGCAGCAACCCCAGGAUACCCCUCAACAGGAGCCUCAUCAAUCUAUGCUGGGUUUCCCUCCACCGGGCGGCCUUCCCCAAAUCAUGGCCGAAGAGCAGCAACAGCGUUUCGUCGAGGACCAGAAGCGCAUGCGCCGCGCUCAGAAGAUCGCGACGAUGGCUCGCCACAACGGACUCAUGACCGCCUCUGACAAGGCGUUCAUCAACCGUAUUCAAAUUGCCGCAUUGGUUGGUACUUCCGAGGACCCUUACGCUGAGGACUUCUACUACCAGGUCUGGUCUACCAUCAACGGUGGCCGCAAAGGCCCCGAAGAGGGCUUGGGCGGUCUUGCUCAGACGUACUUGCACCAGCAGGGCCAGAUGCGCCGUGGUCGUCGUGGCGAGAAUCCCCUCAUGAGGAUGCAGAACCAAGUUCAGCGUCUCGUUGCCGCUGCUAAGCAAAAGCAGGCACAGAGGAAGAACAGCAGUUCCCUCCAGGGUACGCUCGGGAAGAUUGUCGCUUCCUCUGUCCGUACGCCGAAGCAAUUGUUGUCUGUCUCCAAGAAUAUCAGUACCGACUCCCUUGGCAAAGACGCGAAGACUGCGCCGGCGUUGAGUAAGGAGGGUCAUAGGAACACACUUCGUUCUAUCGAGAACGUGUUUGACCUUCUUUUGGAGUUGGAGGAGAGGCAGAGGAAGCAGCCCAACCCCGAAGACGAGGAGGCAUUCGCGGCGUGGCAAGGCAAGCAUGAUGAGUUAAUCCAGCAAUUGUGGAACAAGCUCCGUGUUAUGGAUCCCAUUGAUCCGGUCGCGCAGCCCGUUCACCCAUUCAUCUCCUACUUGUCUUACACCAAGGGAAAGAAAUCUAUCCCUCGUGUGUUCAGAAUCAUCAACUCCGAGCAGCGUAUGACGAUCUUGACCAUGAUCGUCGCACAGCUCAACACCCUCGACGUCGUAAAGAACGCCGUAGCGGUACCUACUUCCUCCGUUCGCGAGGAAGUCGAUAUCUUCAUGGGUACUGUCAUGCCACAACUCCUCGGCUACAUCAACGAAGCACCCCUCCGCAUAGUCACCGGACUCCUCGGAAUCCUUCUCGAGCGCGUGGAUGUUGUCUACAUCUCCCGCUCAAAGGUCGGUCUUGCGUUCUUGACCAUGCUCACCUCCCGCGCCGAGUCCCUCCGCCAAAAUCCCGAGGCCCCACCCGCCGACGCCGAACUCUCCCAGUGGUCCCUCAUCUUCAACGCUCUCUUCGCACGUCUGCAGGGCAAUUUCUCGCUUGCCUUCCCUCAGGCUCACGGACUCGUUGACGACGUCUAUGUCUGGCAAUGGUUGGCCUCGAUUGCGGUUGGUGCUUCGAUGGAGCAGCAGCAUGUGCUUGUUACGGAGGUCAGGGAUAAGGUGCUCGAUACGGUUAUUGCGGCGAAGAAGUUGCCGGUUGAUGUUGGGGCUGGGGAGAUUGCAAAGGUGAAUAUGUUCUUGAACUCCAUGGGGUUGGAUGCGGAUCAGUUGAACGUAUAA